AUCUUAUUCAGCAAUCGCCAUCCAAAACGCUCUUAAGGCGACCGAACAUUUAUUGUUUCGUUCCCCAUCAACCUCACAAUCACCAUCAUGACUCUCACCAUCCACGGCGCCCCCUACUCCACCUGCACCCGCCUUGUUGCCUUGAUCUGCAAAGAGAAGCAGAUCCCCUUCAACAUCCAUGCCGUCGACCUCAGAAAGGGCGAACAUAAGGACCCCGGCUUCGUCGCUAUUCAACCUUUUGGUCAGAUUCCGUAUAUCGUGGACGAUGACGGCUUCGUCCUCUACGAGUCUCGCGCCAUUGCGCGUUACCUGAUUAGGAAGUACCCAAACCAGGGAACUCCAGGUCUCAUCCCUACGGAUCGCAAGGAGGAGGCGUUGUUUGAGCAGGCUGCGUCAAUCGAGUCGUUCAACUUCAAUCCCUUCGCAGCCGGUAUUGCAUAUGAGAAGAUCUUCAAGGUACACCGUGGUCUGCAGACCGACGAGAAGGUCGUCCAGGAGCGCGUUGCUAUGCUGAGUGCGAAGCUUGACGCCUAUGACGUUAUCCUUGGCAAGCAGAAGUAUCUAGCUGGAAAUACAGUCACCCUGGCUGAUCUUCAGCACCUCCCUUACGGCACACUGCUUGCCAACUCUGGCUUUAGUGAGCUCUUUUCCAGCCGCCCCAACGUUGCGAGAUGGUGGAACGACCUCACCAACAGGCCAACCUGGAAGGACGUCCUCGAGAACGUCAAGUAAAUACAACAUGUAUCCAUUAGCACGAUGUGUAGUUGCAUCGAAUGUACAUUGUACGAGGAAGUAGACUUGUCUCAUUAGAUAACCAAUGUUUCGAAAGCUGUGUGGGACUGGCCGGCUUCUUUCUUCAUUACACAAAAGGAUUAAAUGCCGUGCUUACUGCGCACAACGACACCGGAGCAUACACGUGCCCCUCGUACGAAAUGGCCAGAUCAAUG